AUGGGAAAAGCAAGAGUGCUUUUCUCACUGGAAAAAUAUCCCGAGGCUUUGGCAGGAUACCAAGAAGUUCUUGCAAAGAUGCCUGAUUUCGUUGACCCAGAUCCCAGAAUUGGCAUUGGCUAUUGUCUCUGGGAAUUAGGAUUUAAAGAAGACGCCAGAGUAGCUUGGGAGAGAAGUCUUGAAAUUAAUCUCAAUUCCACAUUUGCAACUACUUUAAUCGGCCUCUAUUACAUCGACGCGAGUAGCAGGUUUCCUGUACAAAGUCCCGAGUUCAUCUCUCUCUACAAGAAAGCCAUAACGGAGUACAUACAGGAAUCCUUCAAGCUGGAUUCAAACCUGCCCCUUACUUGCGCAACAUUCGCCGACUACUUUCUAUUGAGGAAAUCUUUCUCUAAAGUUGAUUCCUUAGCUCAUAAGGCAAUUCAAUAUACAGAUCUCAAUACCAUUGCAAGCGAUGGCUGGUAUCUACUUGGGCGGAAAGAGCAUUACGCAGGCAGCCUCGACCGAGCAAGCGAUUGCUACCGUCGCGCAGAUGAUGCUCGGGGAGGGGCUAACAGUGGCUAUCUCGCUGCGAAGUUUGGCGCAGCCCAAUUAUUUGUCCUUCAGUAUGAUGUUGGAGAAGCCAAACUACGCUUGGAGAAGAUGGUUCACCAUCCUCGAAACUAUGCAGCCAAAAUCCUGCUGGGUACACUAUUUGCCGAGGAAGCUUUCGAAACUCAGUACACUCGUGGAGAAGAUAAGAGUGCACAGAGAGCGAUUCAACUUCUGGAAAGCGUCCGAGCUUCAUGGAAAGGCCCUAAGAGCACCCACAUGCCCGAUGCCACGGUGUUGUUGACUCUAGCCCGACUUUAUGAGACAGAAUAUCCAGACAAAGCUCUCCGGUGUCUUCUAGAGGUGGAAGAACUGGAAAUCGAUCGAAUUGCGGAAUCAGACGGUCACAUCGACGUGGAGAGUUCAGCAACCCAAGCCUCCCUUCAGAAUGCUCUUCGUCAUUUCAUCCCACCACAGCUGACAAACAAUAUUGGAUGCUUUCACUUCCAUGCCAAGAAUUACGAACUUGCUGGCGAAAUGUUCGAGGCAGCACUGCGAGCUUGCACGAGACUGGGAGAGCAGGAUGAUGAUGCCGGCACCGACAUAGAUGCUCUCGUUACAACAAUCGGCUUUAACCUGGGCCGAAGUUACGAGGCAAGAGACCUUAAAGACCGAGCUGUUGGUGUUUACGAGCAGCUGUUGAAUCAACACGACAACUACACCGAUGCCCUGACUCGACUUUCACACAUCAAAAUGUGCCAAUCUCCACAAGACAAAGGACCGCAGUCCGUUGCAAAGCUGUACGAAGGUAACUCGACAGAUCCCGAAGUACGUGCUUUAUACGGCUGGUACCUGGGCAAAGUGUACUCGAGGCGGAGACCAAGAAAUAUGGCCGAAGAUCCCGAGCUGCGCCAUUACAAGCACACCUUACAAAAUCACGACAAGCACGAUCGGUAUGCUCUAGUCGGCAUGGGUUCCCUUUACUUGCAGUCUGCUCGAGAAAUGCGACGUGGGACAGAUCAGGAGAAACAAAAGCGGAGUGCUAUGUAUAUCAAGUCUGUUGAGUUCUUUGAAAAAGUACUGCAGUUGGAUCCCCACAACGCCUAUGCUGCACAAGGCAUUGCUAUUGCGCUGAUUGAAGAUAAGAAAGAUCUUCGGAAUGCGUUACUCAUUCUCCAGAAGGUCCGAGAUACUAUCGAGGAUGCCUAUGUUUAUGUUAAUCUUGGCCACUUAUAUUGUGAGAUGAAGCAGUAUUCUAAGGCUAUUGAGAGCUAUGGGAUCGCAUUAUCGAAAGGAAACAAGAAUGAUCCCGAUAUACUGGCCUGUCUCGGUCGAGCAUGGCUGAACAAGGGAAAGGCUGAUCGCAACUUAAAUGCUUAUCAGAUGGCACUUGAAUGUUCACAGCAGGCUUUAAAUGCUUCUCCAGAAGAAGUCCACCUUAAGUUCAAUGUUGCGUUCGUCCAGAUUCAGCUCGCAACUGUGAUGUACUCUCUGAAUGAGACGCAGCGGUCGUUGCAGCAAGUUCAAAGUGUCGCCAAAGGUCUCGAGUUGGCAAUUGCGGCAUUAGACGAAGUCGUUGCCCAUCCACAAUGUCCAUAUCCCAAGGAUGAUGUCAAUCAGCGUGCCAAUAUGGCUCGCAACACGCUUCGAAAGCAACUUGAGAGAGCUGUUGCUAGCCAGCAGGAAUACGAAGAAAAGAAUAACGAGCAGCUUCGAGUCGCCAUGGAGAGACGUCAAGCUGAUUUGAGGCGCCGAGAAGAAGAGCGACUGGAAGCGCUGGAGAAAGAGCAUGAGAGGCUUGCGAGGAUCAGAAAAGAGAGAGAGGAGGCCGCGAUUCGUGACAGGAUGCUUGCUGAGGAGCGAGCUGCAGUUGACAUCACAGCGGAUGGCGAGACUGACAUACACGUCGAAAGGAAGCGCAAAGCACCCAAGACGAAAGGUGAAAAUAAGAAGCUAAGAAAUAGACCUGGGAAGAAGAAGGGAAAUGCAGACAGCGAAGAUGCGGAAGAUGAUGAGCCAAUGCCGAAGAAGAAGAAGCGACGGCUUGCGGGAAGAGAAUCAACCAAAUACAAAUCAGCUGAGUUCGUGGCUGACAGCGAUGAUGACGAUACCGUUCUGCAACAACAGAACGAAAUGGAAUUGGAGAACCAGGACAGUCUCUCUGAGGAUGGGAAUAUUGUUGGUGAGCUUGACUCGCACUUUGAAGAUCUGAGCGCCAAGACAAUUGAGGAUGGAGAGCCGAGAAGUAGAGAUUGA